CGCUGGCCCCGCCCCGAGACGCGCUGACCACGCCCCUGUGUGCGCUGGCCCCGCCCCUAUACGGGCCGGCCCUUCCCCCGGCUCAUCUGGCGCUCACUUCCGGGCCCCGGUGCUGGGCUGAGCGACCCUCAUAGUCAUGGCCGUGCCAGGCCUUCUGUUGGGGCUGGUGCUGCCCUUAGUCCUGCUGGUCGACCAAAGUGCAGGUGAUGUUUUCCGCUUUGCUUCAUACAUUGAUGACUACAUGGUGCUGCAGAAGGAGCCUUCAGGGGCAGUGAUUUGGGGCUACAGCACAUCCCUUGCCGAAGUGGUAGUGACUCUGACCCAGCAGGGGAAGCCGGUCAUGAAGAAAACCACCUACGUGAGAGCCUACUCUGAUGUCUGGAUGGUGAUACUAGAUCCCAUGAAGGCAGGCGGACCCUAUGAACUGACAGCACAGCAGACUACUGUGAACAUGAACAGCACCCUGUUUGUUCAUGAUGUGCUAUUUGGAGAUGUCUGGCUUUGCAGUGGGCAAAGCAACAUGGAGAUGACAGUCUCACAGAUAUUUAAUGCCACAGCAGAGCUGUAUAACACCGCUGCCUACCAGUCUGUGCGCAUCUUGUCUUUGUCUCUUGUCCAGUCAGGCAAGGAGCUGGAAGAUAUUGCUGAGAUUGACUUAGGGUGGUCAACGCCCUCUGCAGAAAACUUAGGCCAUGGAAGUUUCACAUACAUGUCAGCAGUGUGCUGGCUCUUUGGGCGUUCCCUGUAUGACAAUCUUCACUAUCCCAUUGGGCUGAUCUCCUCCUGUUGGGGUGGAACACCCAUUGAAGCCUGGUCAUCCAAAAGACCGCUGAAAACCUGUGGGGUCCCAUGGAUGAGAAUGGGUUCACUUGAGUUCGUGACUGGUCCCAGAGAAUACUCUGUCCUCUGGAAUGCCAUGAUAUAUCCCCUACACAAAAUGACACUCAAAGGGGUGAUAUGGUACCAGGGGGAAUCCAAUCAGGAUUUUAACAGGGACCUGUAUAAUUGCACAUUCCCCGAGCUCAUUGACGACUGGCGCCAGACCUUCCACUUCGGCUCCCAGCGACAGACACAUCGUCUCUUCCCAUUUGGCUUUGUCCAGUUAUCUUCAUAUGAGACUGAUAGAACCUCAGAUGAGAAGUUCCCUGAGAUCCGCUGGCAUCAAACAGCUGACUUUGGCUACGCCCCCAACAUAAAGAUGCCCAACACAUUCAUGGCUGUGGCUAUGGAUCUUGGUGAUAGGAGCUCACCUUUUGGCAGCAUCCACCCUCGAGAUAAACAGACCGUGGCCUAUAGGCUACUCUUAGGGGCGCUCGCAGUGGGUUACGGUGAGAAGCUUCUCUUUCAAGGACCAAUGCCUGAGAAGAUACAGUUCAUGGAACACGAGGGCCUGCUCAUCCUCACGUAUACCCAGCAGAUCCAAGUGAUCACUAUGGAUACCAGGCUGUUUAUGGUUUCCUGUUGUGAUGACUAUGAAUGCAGUUGGAUUCCAGUUUCCAUUUUAACAUCAUCUGUCCAGACCUUGACCUUGGAUAUCCAUUACUGCACUGGCACCCCAGUUGCUGUGCGAUAUGCCUGGACCACAUGGCCUUGUGAAUAUAAGAGCUGCCCCUUGUACCACCCCACUAGCACCCUGCCAGCCCCACCUUUCACGGCUGUCUUUGAUGGACAGAAUCCUGAAACACAGCUACUACAGAUUCAGCUGUAGUCUGACCCUACCUCAGACACAAGUGGGGUUCCUUUAGAUUUGGGAAUUUAGGGAGUUUCAAUGAUGACAACUUAUUUUUAAAGGAAAUUCAUAGAAAGACCACAUUGCACAACUCCCAGCAUGUUGCUGUUGCUAGGCUGACCUGAGCUGAGCCAGGGUUGGUAGGUAAAUGCAGUGUUUGCCAACCCCCCCCCCCCCAAGCCAGGCACUAAUUCUAAACUGCACACUGAACCUCAGUGCCAUUCACUCCCUCAUUAUCGGAGUGCACCAUCUAACACCUGUCCUCUUUCCAACUGUGGAAACUCAGGGUUGGAAGACAUUUCAAGGCCAAGUAGGUCAACUAAUAUUAUGACUUUUAUUAACAUCUGACAA